UGUCUCUGGUUAAAAAGCUAUGCAACAUAGCUCUAACAGUAAAAACACAUUCAUUAGGUCUUUUUAGAGGAAAAUGAUUUUUAAACCAUUUAAAAGCCAUCAGUACCACAUAAUCUUUUCCAUCUUCUAGCAAGCACAAUCAUGCCGAUAUCAAUCCUUUAAUGCAAAAGCUGCGGUCAGUUGUCACAUUACACGGCUCCUUAUCAGAAUUAUGGAAGAAUUGACUACGGAACCGCAGCCACCGCUGGCGGCCACAAGACUCCGAUCGGUCCGGUUAAAUGUGAAAGAUGGGAUUUCACGUAAGAGGGCUGGGUUCCGACGAGUCUCUAAUCGCUGCAUGAUCGCCUGGAUCGCGGCGCUGUGCUUCACCAUUAUGAUGAUGACGAGCAUCAGCAGCGUCAGUUCAUGGUCGCACACGCGGCAGAGGACCAGCGGCGGAGGCAUCGCCAGCUGGCUUCAGGCGGUUAAGACGCACGUCCGGUCGCUGGCAGCGCUAGGGCAGGCGUCCAGCAGCAUCACCAAACCUCCGUUAUACCCGCCUGGCUUCCAGCUCUCCAACCUCAACAACUUCACCUUCGUCAUCAACAACGACGUAUGCGGUAACGAUCCGGUCGACAUAGUGAUGGUGGUGACUUCAGACACGCGUCGGCCAUCGUGGCGGGCCAAAACUCGCGCAGCACUGCCGUCGUCCGUACUAGCAGAGGUGCGUGUGCGACGCGUAUUUCUACUGGCCGAGUUGGCGCCACCGGACAACAUCAGCCAAGAGUACGACCAAAGAGUGGCAGCGCUGCAGGCCGAGAACCAUGAGUACGAAGACCUCGUUGUAGGAAACUUCCGCGACGCCUACCGCAACCUCACCUUCAAACAUCUGAUGGGCCUGCACUGGGCUACCGCUUACUGUCCGCAGGCGCGCUUCAUUGCCAAGAUGGACCAUGACAUUGUGGUUGAUGUAUUUCAGCUGACACGUCGGUUGGCUGCGCUUUCCGGCUGGAGUGGCAGACUCGAACACAGCGAUAGGAACCGUGUACGGGGGCACAAAGCCCAUUCGGGAACCCCCAACCACAAAGUGGUACGUCUCGAAGGAGGAAUACCCGGAAGAUAG